AUGAAUCCACCCCCGAAGGGGAAGAGGGAAGAUGGAAUAGGAACCGCUCUAAACCACAUGCGCCCAGAAGACUUGUGGGAUUUUGUAGACCCCUGGCUGCCCGGUGCCGCCCACUAUAUCGCGAAACUCGACCCCACGCCGUGGGAGGGUCCUGGAGAGCGGCAGGCCCCCUCCACGCCAGUACCCAGCGGGUCGGCGGACUCUGUUUCUUACAAAGCUGUGCAGCACGACUCGCAAAACAAGGCGAGCGUCCACGAGUUUGUAAUGCACGACGAGCAGGAGUUCUGGGUGUCUCUGACCUGGCCCAGCGCCCGCAUGGUGAAGCCUUGCAGUGUCAGGAUGCCUGCGGUGACACUCGCAGUUUCCAAGGUGUCUGAAUCUGGCGUCGAGGGGGAGCCAGUCAUGGGCGAGGAUUAUGGCUGGGUUUUGGAAACCCACAGGGCAAAAGUAUCGCUGGGGAGCGGCAGGUACGUCGUGCUCGCCUCCGCUCACUUCCCAUAUGGGGACUUCAUCCGACAGGUCGUGUUGACUGUCUACUCUGCCGCGGCCGUGGACAUCGGCGACAGCCAUAUGCCCGCGCCCGCCCUGGGUUUGGCUAUGUUCGGCGCCGGCGGCGGAAGCGGCGCUGACUGCAGCGCCAUCAUGAUCCACGGGCACGGCAUGUACGUGGCAAACCACGAGAACCAGAUCGGCGGCCUCCCGACAUACUGGAGCUUCGACGGGGAAAGUUUCGCCUAUUUUGUCAGUGGAGCCGACAAGUGGUACCUGAUCGACAAGUCCUACUGGCAGGUGGUCCAGCAGGGCGAGUACUGGUCGUUCGCACAGUUAGACAGGAGCUCCCUUACCUGCGGAUGCCAGGACUCGGAGAACGGCCCCAGUGGUUUCUCGGGCUUGUCCUGCUCCGACGUCAAGGCGCCGAACAACAGGUACGCCAACGUCGAGUGCGACUCCGGCAGUCGGCGAAUUACUCAUCAUACGUGA